GCCGGGGCGGGGCCUGGGGCCGGGCCGGCAACAUGGCGGAGGCGGAAGGGGAGAGCCUGGAGUCGUGGCUCAAUAAAGCCACUAACCCAUCUAACAGGCAAGAAGACUGGGAAUACAUCAUCGGAUUCUGUGACCAGAUCAACAAAGAACUUGAAGGGCCACAGAUAGCUGUGAGACUCCUGGCUCAUAAAAUCCAGUCGCCGCAGGAAUGGGAGGCAGUCCAAGCUUUGACAGUGCUAGAAGCUUGUAUGAAGAACUGUGGGCGAAGAUUUCAUAAUGAAGUAGGGAAGUUUCGCUUCUUAAACGAGUUGAUAAAAGUCGUGUCUCCAAAGUACCUGGGAGACCGAGUCUCAGAGAAGGUGAAGACCAAAGUCAUUGAGUUGCUGUACAGCUGGACAGUGGCACUGCCAGAAGAAUCCAAAAUCAAGGAUGCCUACUACAUGCUGAAGCGACAAGGGAUUGUUAUGUUUGAUCCUGUAAUUCCUGCAGACCGAACCCUGAUUCCUUCUCCACCGCCUCGUCCCAAAAACCCUGUGUUUGAUGAUGAAGAGAAAUCUAAGCUUCUAGCCAAGCUCCUGAAAAGCAAAAACCCAGAUGAUUUACAAGAGGCCAACAAACUUAUCAAAUCCAUGGUAAAAGAGGAUGAGGCUCGGAUUCAGAAGGUCACAAAGCGCAUGCACACGCUGGAGGAAGUGAAUAACAACGUGAAGCUGCUGAAUGAGAUGCUGGUUCAUUACAGCAAAGAGGAAUCAUCGGAGGCUGAUAGGGAGCUCAUGAAGGAGCUCUGUGAAAGGUGUGAAACCAAAAGAAGGACAUUAUUCAAGCUGGCCAGUGAGACAGAGGAUAAUGACAGCAGUUUGGGGGAUAUUCUGCAGGCCAGUGACAAUCUGUCCCGUGUGAUCAAUUCCUAUAAGAAGAUCAUAGAGGGCCAAGUGCUCAAUGGUGAAGUGGAUCUGCCUGGGAUGUCUGUAGUAGAAGGGAGUAACUCCACCAGUAACCUCAACACCCUCAUUGACCUGGCUGGACUGGACGUCAGCAGCACCCCACCACCUCCACUGCCACCCAGCACCCUGACACCAGCCCCCCCAGCCGAAAUCCCCAUCCUCCCACCUCCUCCCCAGGCAUCUGCACCCCUGAGGAGCAGCUCCUCUGGCCAAGUGGAAGCUGCACCCGCUCAGCAGAGCAGCAACUCCCUGUCCUUGCUGGAUGAAGAGCUGCUGUGCUUAGGCCUGAAUGACCCUGCCCCUGCAGCAGCAAAGGAGACCUCAGAAAACAACCAGUGGAGCAUGUUUGAGAAUGACCAGCUGGACCUGGAUUUCUUUAACCCGAAGAUGGUGACUGUUGCUUGCAACCCCGCAGGGAACCCUCUUCUCCAUCAUGCAUCCCAGACCUCGUGUGGAACGUCAGUGACGCUGCCUUCUGCUUUCACAGCUUCUCAAACUGCUCCCAGCAUCGCAGCACCAAACUCGGCACCGUUUGUAUUCCCUGCUGGACCAGCUGCCCCUGUGGGGCCUCCUAAGACUAUUCCAGCUGCUCCUGCGUACUUCAACUCGUCUGUGGGGAGCAAUAUGUCACAUAAGAUGGAUGCAUUGGGACAACUCCUUGAAGAAGCCAAAGGGACUGCCACCCAAGGCAUGGUGACACCCUCGGCGUUCCCUGGGGCUGCUUUGCCAACCACUGUCACCUCUGCCCCAUUGAUAGCGCCUGCAGGGCCUCCAGCCACUGCCCCUGUGGCCCCUCCAGUUCCCUUCCCAAGCAGCUGCCCUGCUGGCUCAGGAAGCCCUCUCUUCCAGCCAGCAUCAUUCCAGCAGCAAGGCAGUCCCAUGAAAGCACCUGAGAUUUCCUUGGCCAAUGUCCACGUUCCCUUGGAAUCCAUCAAACCCAGCAGUGCCCUCCCAGUGACAGCCUAUGACAAGAACGGCUUCCGGAUCCUCUUGCACUUUGCCCGGGAAUGCCCGCCGGGAAGGUCGGAUGUGCUGGUGGUGGUGGUCUCCAUGCUGAACACAGCACCGCUCCCUGUGAAGAACAUCGUGCUCCAGGCUGCUGUGCCAAAGUCCAUGAAAGUGAAGCUCCAGCCACCCUCUGGCACGGAGCUGUCUCCGUUCAAUCCCAUCCAGCCGCCUGCUGCCAUCACCCAAGUCAUGCUCCUGGCAAACCCUGCCAAGGAGAAAGUGAGGCUCAGAUACAGACUGACCUUCACGCUGGGAGAGCAGCCCAGCACAGAGGUGGGCGAAGUGGAUCAGUUUCCCCCCGUAGAACAGUGGGGGAAUCUAUGACCUUGGGCCACUGGCAGAGACUGUGACAGGACCAGGAGAGGCUCCCGCAGGACUGGAAUGGCUGUGGUGUGGCGAGGGACACACGUGCUACCCACUGGUGAUGCUCAGCUUUGUUUACAUGCCCUGACCACUCUGCUUGUAGCUUUAGUCCAGAAUGGUUUGACCCACAUUGGAGGGGUCCUGGAACAUUUAUGCCAAGCAUGGACUGAGGUGGCAGCCAGUACCAGGCCAUGCUGGCUGCUUUCAUCUUGACCUCGGGGUGAGUCUGGUUCUAUCUUCCACUCCAUUGAACUUGAAGCUGUUGUAUGCUGAGGGCAGAGCUGUCAGCAGAGCGGGGUUUAGUUGGCUCGUUCCUGUCCUGCUGUCCAGGGAUACCACAGGCUGGUGGGGUGAUGAUGCCGUGAGCUUCCUCAGUGCAGAGCCCUUACACACGCCCUCCCUCGGACUCUCACCUCCUCAGUGCCACAUGGACCUGCUGAGCCUGUGGAGCAAUAACGCUGGAUCCGUGAGGGAAUGCUGAUGUUUUUACACUGGAAUGGCACUUAAAUCCCUUCCUCCCCCUCUGCUGCUUCACUCCCAACAGCCAACAUAAGCAGCCCCUUGCUCUGUGCUGUGUGCUGCUGCUGUCUUUAGUUGGUCUGUAUUUGACUUGCUGCCUCCCUUCUGUAUCCUCUCGAGGCAGCUGAGGUUUGGAUGCAGGUGGUUACAUUGGUUCAUGCCUUCAUCGCAUUCCCUAACGUGGGAAAAGCGGAACUGUGUAGCGAGGAGGUAAACAGGGCUGGGAUGGAGGGCUCAGUGUUGGUGGAGGACAGCACCUGGCGUGCAGGAAUGUCUUUACAAUCACUAAUCAGGUGCAGCGACUGAAUCCAGGGAUCAGGAGAUGCCUCUCGUGUCCCCUCAUGCAGGCAGUAUCAUUAUUGUAGUUGAAUACUGUGUUUUAUUGAGCUGCGUACAAUGACAUACAAGAUGUAAAUAAUAGAGCUAUAGGAUAUCUAAAUAGGAACAAGCAGGCAGUGAAUGGAAGGAAGCUCCUCUGGGCUGGGACGGUGCAUGUGUGGGGUUUGAUGCCCCGUUAAUGUAUUAAGUGGCCAAGUGCAAUUGUCCCUGCAAGGGGAAGCAGUUUUGCUGGAUGUUGGUGCUGUGUGCUACCAGGGGGCAGAAUCACAGAGUCACAGAAUGGUUUGGGUUGGAAGGGACCUUAAAGCUCAUCCAGUUCCAAUCCCCUGCUAUGGGCAGGGACACCAGCCACUAGAGCAGGUAGAAAAGCCAACCCCUUCCACUACAGAAGCAAGAUUUAAGUCACAAAGAUGUGAUUCCAGCAGUCCCUUCCUCUUCCGUGUCCAGUCUCCAGCAGUGCCCCAGUGAGCUUUGAGACUGGUUUUUAAUGGGUUUUUUAAUGUGCAUUGAUCACAGCACAGGUAGGGCAGGGCCUUGCACUCUGCUCAGUGCCACCAGGCAGCAGCUCUUACCAGAGCAGGGUGGGAGCUGUCAGCUGAAGCAUGGAAGAAACCCCUGCCUGAGACAGAACUGGAGGAGAAGGUGCUGCUGUAAACCCCAUGGCUGCCCACGCAGCUCAGUUGCGUGCAGCUGUGUUUCCUUCACUGUGCUGUAAAAUCACUGGAGGGGAGAAACUCGGUGGGUUUGAAGGUCUGAGGGCCCUGGUCAGGGCUGCAGAAACCCCUGAAGGAUGGAUCACAGCUCAGCUAGGGAACUUGCUGUAAAUGCCUGGGCUGAAGCUCGGGUUGUUGGCUGCCUAAAGAGCAGUUUUAACCCGAUGGACUAGGCUAGGGGACAAGGAGAGAAUUCUCUGUGCCUCAGCCAGCACUUUAGACACAGCAGGCACAGGAUGGUGCUUAGGAGGUGGCAGCGUGUCCUGAGGCAGUUUUCAGUGCUGGGGACACAGUAUGAGUCUCGCUGUGACUCUGGGGAGCUCAGAGGAGCACGGGUGCUCUGCGUCAGCGCUGCCUGCGCUGUGCAGCCGGACAGAGAGGCUUCCAGAGUCCUGCUCUGUGGAAACGUGUGGUUAUAAGCUUUGGAAAAGAAACCUCUGAAUGUUCCUUGUCUGUAGGGUGAGGUUCCUGCUCACCCCCGCAGCUGUAACUGUACAUACAUCUCCAAUGCAUUCGAUCUGCUGCAUGUGAAAUAAACUGAUUUCCCUACUUUGCUCUGUGA